UCGUGGACGAGAUUUAAACGUUCUUUUCUUCUUCGGCCAUUACCCAAAGCCAUGGGCAAGUUUAUGAAAACAGGCAAGGUAGUUCUUGUGCUGAAUGGCCGAUUUGCAGGACGUAAAGCUGUCAUUGUAAAGAAUUAUGAUGAAGGUACGACAGAAAAACCCUAUGGUCAUGCACUUGUUGCUGGAAUUGACAGAUACCCCAGAAAGAUCACAAAAAGUAUGGGGAAAAAGAAACAAAAGGAUAGAUCUAAACUUAAGAGUUUCCUAAAGAUAUGCAAUUACAACCAUCUGAUGCCAACCAGAUACUCUGUUGAUGUUAACUUAGACAAGGCUACAGUAAACAAAGACGCUUUCAGAGACCCAGCUCUAAAAAGGAAAGCAAGAAAAGAUGCUAAAGCUAAAUUUGAAGAAAAAUACAAGACAGGAAAAAACAGAUGGUUCUUCCAGAAGUUACGCUUCUAAGUUAACAAAUAAAGUAAAAAAAACAUUA